GCACACCUUCUUGUCCUGAAAACCCGCAGCAGCAGCAGCAGCAGCAACAGCAGCAGCAGCAGCAGCAGCAACAGCAGCAGCAGCAGCAGCAGCAACGGCAGCAGCAGCGACAGCAGCAGCGGCACAGUCAAGGCCAAGCUACAGGGAGCGCCAGAGCCGACACCUCAAACAGCUAG